AUGCCUAUACCCAGACCAGUUUCUGGAGUCGUUUUGGAGACCCCGGAGCAGCAAGUGCUAGAAUCGGAGCAGUUGAGGAUGUUAAAGCAGAAGUUGGAGGAGAUUGGGAUUGCUGGAGAUGCUUGUAAGCCAGGGCAAUACUAUGGUUUAACAUGUCCAAGCUGCAAAGGUGGGGAUUCAGAAGAGAAAAGCUUAUCUCUUCACAUCACAAAAGAUGGUGCUGCAGCAAUGUGGACCUGCUUUCGGGCUAAAUGUGGGUGGAGAGGCACUACAAGGGCCUUUGCUGAUGUAAAAUCUACUUAUGCAAAAAUGAGUAGAAUAGCCAAAGCAAAACAACCAUUCAGAGAAAUCACAGAAGAGAGUCUGGAACUGGAACCUUUGUGCAAUGAGCUACUUGCAUAUUUUGCUGAGCGAAUGAUAUUUGGGGAAACACUGCGGAGAAAUUCUGUAAUGCAAAAAAGAAGAGGCAACCAGAUUGCUAUUGCUUUCACCUAUCGAGGAAAUGGAGAACUUGUUAGCUGCAAGUAUAGGGAUAUUACUAAGAAAUUUUGGCAGGAAACCAAUACUGAAAAGAGUUUUUAUGGACUGGAUGAUAUAAAGGGAGCUAGUGAUAUUAUCAUUGUUGAAGGUGAAAUGGAUAAGCUUGCAAUGGAAGAAGCUGGUUUUAAAAACUGUGUGAGCGUGCCGGAUGGUGCACCUCCAAAAGUCUCAAACAAAGAGCUCCCUCCCGCUGAAGAGGCAUCUCGCAUAAUACUUGCUACUGAUGGGGACCCACCAGGUCAAGCCUUGGCUGAAGAACUUGCCCGCCGCUUAGGGAGAGAAAGGUGUUGGCGAGUCAAAUGGCCGAAGAAGAAUGAUGCUGAAUCUUUUAAAGAUGCAAACGAGAGAACUUCUCAAGCUAUUGCUAAGGAGGUUGGCAUUACAUAUGGAAGGACAGAAGUGAUGCCUACAGGAAAAGCUAAUGCUAUUCUAUCAUUCGAGAAAGGUGGGAAAAUUGUUGAAGAAAGGGAAAUUAAUGUCAUGCUGAUUCAACCUGGUGAUGCAUUUAAAGUAAUUCUCGAUUCAAAGAUGCAUGUAGUUGAAUACACAGUUGAGAAUCAGAUUGAGGAAGAUGAAAAUGAAAAUGGAUCCCCUAUAGAUGAAAAGCAAAAUUUUGAGAAAGAACUGAGGUCAGAGAAUAUGAUUCCUGGUGAAGAUGCCAUAUAUCAUUAUGAAGAGGAGCACAAUGGGACAUGUGCCAUCUUGCACUACUUGCUUAAUCCAAGGAUGAUACGAAAUAAAGUCAUAGGAACUAUUGGCGAUGGUUACUUGUCCAAUAACAGGGUGACAGAUGAAUACAUGGAUCUUGAUCAGUGA